AUUAGUAUGUCUGCAAAAAUAUCAAACCCAGAGUUGAAGAAGUACAUGGAUAAACGCGUUUUAGUACACCUGCAAGCUAACAGGAAAGUAACCGGUCAAUUGAGAGGUUUCGACUUGUUCUUGAACCUCGUCUUGGAUGAUGCAAGCGACGAAACCUUUGCAGGUGAGAAGACGAGAAUUGGACAGAUCUCGUAUACUCACUCACCCAGGUUGUACGUGGUAACUCAGUCACAUCAAUGGAAAGCCUUGAAGCAAUACCAAAAGUACGAACAUGGGGACAGAGACAAGGCUAAAAUAUCUUGUACGAAUAAUUUAUUUUCCGCUUCUACUUCUACUUCCUUCAUAAGCUACCAUCAUCAAAUGAGAAGACCGUUAUCGCUCAAUUUGCUACAAGUCGGCCUGACUUUAGCUUCACCUAUUAAGAUUCUACAUAAGCAGGCCUCUAAACCUGAUCAUCCCCCCGGUACAACUUUGUUUUACGUACAACUGCUUAUUUCAGUCUGCCUCGUCUUAUCCGGUGGUUUAUUUGCUGGACUCACUCUCGGCAUCCUUUCCCUUGACGACUUAAACCUUAAAGUGCUCGAAACGAGCGGGGAAAGCGAAGUUGAAAAGGAACACGCGAGGAAGUUAUUGAAAUUGCUGAGCCUCGGUAGACAUUGGAUUCUUAGUGUUUUGUUACUCUCGAAUUCUGUCGUAAAUGAGGCAUUACCAAUCUUUUUGGACAGCAUCCUCGGUGGUGGAUAUACUGCCAUUAUUCUCUCAACAGCUUCCAUUUUCAUAUUCGGAGAGUGGGUUUAUCACAAAAUUACGCCUUUCCUCCUAACAUGCUAUAGAAUUAUACCACAAUCUAUCUGCGCUCGACAUGGUCUCGCUAUUGGUUCAUUCUUCUCACCUUUAGUUCUGAUGUUGUGUUACGCUACAUCUCCAAUCACAUACCCUCUAAGUAAACUCUUAGAUCAUGUUCUAGGAAGUCAACAUGAUACUACAUAUAAGAAAGCAGAAUUGAAAUCUUUCUUGAAUUUGCACAGAUAUGGCGUUGAACCAUUGCAAGAUGAUGAAAUUAACAUUAUGGAAGCAUGUUUAUCAUUGAAUGAAAAGAAAGUUACGGAUAUUAUGACACCAAUUGAAGACGUCUAUACACUUUCAAGUGAUCAAGUUGUCGAUGAAACCGUCAUUGAUAAGAUAUUACACCAUGGUUACUCUAGAAUUCCAAUCCACACGCCGAACAACCCAACGAGGUUCAUUGGUAUGCUUUUAGUAAAGAAACUCAUCAAAUAUGAUCCUGAAGAUAAGUGGUUCGUGAGUGAUUUUGCUCUUUCUGUUCUACCAGAAGCACUUCCAAAUAUUAGUUGCUUCCAGGCAUUGGAUUACUUCCAAACUGGACGUGCACACCUUCUAGUCAUCACUGAACACCCAGGUGAUAUGCUCGGCAGGGGUGUACUCGGUGUAGCCACUCUUGAAGACGUUCUUGAAGAAAUCCUUGGUGAAGAGAUCAUAGAUGAGUCUGACAGGAUUAUGGAUAAUAGAACAAAGAGAAGAGUUGUACGCACACAUCAGUAUAUCAAAGGUAUAUAUGAACGUCAAAAAGCUGUAAGAAGGGGUAGUCUGCCAGAAACAAGUUCAAAUUCGCGAGCUGAAUCACCAGUUAUUCAAGUAAAGAGAAAAUUGGGUACUUCUACACCAAUUUCAAACGCAAUGGUUUCAAAUCCAAGUAGUACAGCUGCCAAUAUGACUAAUGAAGAUAUAGUUGAAAACUCAACAGACGAACGCGCACCCUUGAUUUCUAGUCCUGCACCUAGAUAUCCUGCUAACAGAAGUAGACUUCAAAAUUCGAUGGUUGGAUCACCUCCUUCAGAUAAUCAAAACAAUUAUGGAUCUCUAUAAAAUUAACUUUGCAUUUUCUUAUACUCAAUUUCGUAAAAUUUACUUUUUCGAAACUCUUUUGAUAAGGACAAACACACUCACACUCUUGCACAAAUAAACAAGGAAUUUAAUC